CCAAGAUGAAGAUGCAACUCAACAUGAUUUUUGUGAAUCAACAAGAACACUGCGACACAACAGGCAGAAAGAUUAAACGCUCUGAAAUUAUUGACAGCCCACAAGCCCACAACCAAGAAGGAGCCAGCAUACUCUCAGUCAAUGUAAUAUCUGCCAGCCUUCAAGUCAACAUGAAAAUGGACGUCAACCUAUUAUAUGUCAAAAUAUUAUCAGCCCAAAGCCCUUACAAAAAAGAGACUAGCCUACUUUCCAUCAACAUAUUACUUGCUAGCUCACGACACAAAUGAAGCCAGCUUUUUAUCAUCAACCUUUCACCAGCUUUCUCACAACCAAGAAGUCAGCCUUAUACCCGUCAAAAAACCAGCUGCUAUCUAAUUAGCUGCAAGUUAAUUAGCCAAGAGAUUUCCAGUUGCUAACCCACCAGCCUGCAAGCAUCCCGCACGACCGAGAAUCAGCAGUUAUCCGCAAGUCACUCGCCCAACCAGUAAUGAAUCUGAAAACAUCCACAACCCGACAGCACUUCAGUACCUAGUCUCAUUGACAAUACUAACUAGCAAAUAGUACAAGCAGAAGAAAGCCAACCAGCCAAAAACAAACAGCAACCUACCCAUAAAUGGAAAUACCAAUAACGACUACAAACCCAAUAUUCUAACAUCCAGAGCAAUACCAUACAAGCAACCAUCUGCUAGCACAUCAGCUAACAACUAGACAUAAGUCCGCAAAGAAGCAGACAAGUAACCAUCCUACUAGUUGACCAGCAACCUGACCUCUAGCCAUCAACCAAAGAGCAUUCAAAACCAAUAGACAAGAGCUUACACGAAUCAAGCCUAGAAUUCUGCAUCCAAAUAAGAAUCAUGCAACCAACCAUGAAUCUUGCAACCAACCAUGAAUCAUGCAACCGACAUGAAUCUUUCAACCCAUCAAGAAUUUUGCAACCCAACAAAAAGCUGCAACCCAAUAAAAAGAUGCAAUCCAUCAAGAAUCCUGUCACCUAUCAAAAAUUCUACAACCCAUCAAAAAUCCUGCAACCGAACAAGAAUCCUACAAACCAUCAAGAAUUCUUCCACCAUUCAAAAAUCCUGCAACUCAAAAAGAAUCCUGCAACCUAUCAAGAAACCUGCCACCCAUCAAGAAACCUGCCACCCAUCAAGAAUCCUGCCACCCAUCAAGAAUCCUGCAACCCAAAAAGAUUUCUGCAACCCAACAAGGAUCCUACCAAAAAACAAGAAUUGUGCAAAUCAACAAGAAUUCUACAACCCAUCAAAAGUCCUGCAACCGAACAAGAAUCCUGCAACCCAAAAAGAUUUCCGCAACCCAACAAAGAUCCUACAAAAAAAAGAAUUAUGCAAAUCAACAAGUUUUCUGCAACCAAACAAAAAAACCUGCAGCCCAUCAAGAAUCCAGCGACCCAACAUGAUUUCUGCAAACCAAACAAGGAUCCUAAAAAAAAAAAAAAUAAUGCAAGAUUUCUUCAACCUAACAAUCCUGUACCUCAUCAAGAAUACUGUAACCCAUCAAAAAUCCUGCAAGCAAUCAUGAAUUUUGCAACCCAAAAAGAUUUCUGCAAUCCAACAAGGAUCCUACCAAAAAACAAGAAUUAUGCAAAUCAACAAUAA